AUGGAGGCUACAAGCUGCGCGGCGCUGCGGCUCUGUCAGGAGCUCUCGGCAGCCUUGGAGCUUCAAAAUGUGGAGUUUCAACGCUACGUGGAUGCGAUCAGAAGACAGACAGGACCUUUCCUCGAGCAGACCGCUUUCAUCGAGGCUUUUGAAAGUCCUUCCUUGCUUGAGGUUGAGUUUAGGAGCUCCAAAGCGAGCAACGCCAGCGAAGACAAAAGGAAUCGGAGCUGGGUGAAGUCCGGCUUCAACUCGAAAGGACCGUCACCGACUUGCAAGAUGCAGAAUCGAGGGCAAACGCUGUCUGCGAAGCUGACCCACUCUGAAAUGGAGCAGAACCAAGACCCUGGCGCUCUCGAGGAUCACCAAGAGCGGGGAGACUCGUCGGCCGAGGCUGCUGUAGAGCAAGUGUCUGAAGCUUAUGAGCAACCUGGAGAUUUCGUGCAAUUGCUAGAUUCCUGGAAAUGUGAUGAGGGAUGUCCGCAGGCUGAGGCUCCCAUCGAUCAGCGGGACCCAGCGAGUCCUCUUCGGCAGGAUCAGUUGAUUGAGGAGAAGAGGAACCGCGCACAGCAGCGAAAACAGCGGCGUAUGGAAGAAGCCGCGUUGCCACAGGGGCGCGCAGCAGCCGCCUUCUCAGCCUCCGCCAUCAUCUCUCUCUCCGAAGGCUGGGACUUCGCAGUGGCAGCCGAGACUCAUGCUCCACCCGCGGGCCCGCAGAAGCUGAUCUGGUCGAAAGACAUAGGUCGCAGGGUCUUUGGCCGCCGCCUCACAAGCCUUGACUUGAAGGAG